AUGAAUGAGAGGAAGCAGCCGCGCCAACGGCGGCGCCGCCUCCCCUUUUCUCUCCGGCUGGUGGUGGUGGUGGCGCUUUCCCUUCUAGGGUGUUCAGUUCCGACUUGCAGGUGCUCGUCGCCGUCGUCGUCGUCGGCGUCCACCGACGUCGCCGCCUUGCUGAAGUUCAAGUCGGCGGCGGACGUCGCCGGGAAGCUCGGCUCCUGGAACGCCUCCGAUCCGGAUGCCUGCUCGGGCUGGUACGGUGUCUCCUGCUCGCCUGCGACCUCCGCCGUCGCUCCCCGGCGGGUCGUCCGCCUGGUGCUGGAAGGACUCUCCCUCUCCGGCGGUGGCUUCCCGGCGCUCACCGCCCUGGACCAGCUCCGGGUGCUCAGCCUGAAGGGGAACCUCCUCUCCGGGCCCAUCCCCGACCUCUCCUCUUUCGGCGCCCUCAAGCUGCUCUUCCUCUCCCGCAACCACUUCUCUGGGCCGUUGCCACUCUCCGCUGCCGCCGCCGCCGCCCUCCCUUCGCGGCUCUACCGCCUGGACCUCUCCCGCAACAACAUUUCCGGCCCCGUCCCCGUCGCCGCCCUCAACCGGCUCUCCCACCUGCUCACGCUGCGCCUCGACGGGAACAGCCUCUCCGGGGCCAUCGCCGGCCUCGAUCUCCCCAACCUGCAGGACCUGAACGUCUCCGGCAACCUCCUCACCGGCGCCGUCCCGAGGUCCCUCGCCGGCUUCCCACUCUCGGCCUUCGCCGGCAACCCCGGUCUCUGCGGCGGCCCUCUCCGGGGAUGCGACAGCGUCGUCCGGGCCGAUCCCAGCAGGCCCGGAUCUGGCGCGGCGGCGGUGGCGGUGGCGCCGCCGAGGUCGCCGGCGGCGACGGCCGUGGUGUCGUCCUCCCCGGGGGCUAAGCCCGACGCCGGCGGGGUGGCGGCCAGCAGUCCCGCCCCGCCGGCGGCGUCCUCCGACCGUCGGCCGCCCGCCGGAAGGAUGAGUCGGCUCGCGGUGGUGAUUCUGGUGGUUGGCGACUUCAUCGUCCUCGUCCUCAUCGCCGGGCUCCUCUUCUGCUACUUCUGGCGCAAGUUCUCCGGUCGCUGCAGCCCCUCGCAGCUCCAGGAAGGGGAGAAGAUCGUCUUCUCCUCCAGCCCAUACACCGCCGCCUCCCUCGGCGGCGGCGCCACCGGCGGCGCCGCCCCCGCCUUCGAGCGGGGGAAGAUGGUCUUCUUCGAGGGCAUGAAGCGGUUCGAGCUGGAGGACCUCCUGCGGGCCUCGGCGGAGAUGCUGGGAAAAGGCGGCUACGGCACCGCCUACAAGGCCGUUCUCGACGACGGCAGCGCCGUCGCCGUGAAGCGCCUCCGCGAGGCGGCGGGCGGCGCCGGUGCCCAGAGUUCCUCCUCCGCCGUCGGUCGGAGAGAGUUCGAGCAACAUAUGGACAUUCUCGGCCGCCUCCGCCACCCCCACCUCGUCAGCCUCCGGGCCUACUACUACGCCCGCGACGAGAAGCUCCUCGUCUACGACUACAUGCCCGACGGGAGUCUCUUCUCCCUCCUCCACGGUAAGUCCCCCUUCUUCUCCUCGGGUUUCUCCUUCUCCUUCGCCUUGGGUUCCUUCCUCCGGGCGGCGCCGCCGCUGCCACCUCCUCCGGCCGCCGUCGUCGGGACGGGAGCUGACCAGGUUGACGUCAGCUUUACAUCUCUUUUCCUAUCAAUAUUUUAAAACUGCAGCCUACUGAGAUUUCGAUGCGCGUGCCAGCGCCAGGUGGCGCGUUCCCCGAGCACGGUUCAAUGACUUGUUUUCAGUAACAAAUCGCCGUCGUAGUCUCAAUCAACUAUUGCUUUUGGGCCUACUCGAGGCCCCUUAUUAACUUAUAAAUCGCCCUCGUAGUCUCAACUAUUGCUGAUGGGAUUUCUCUUUUUUGCCCCCUUUUUUCGUAGUUAUUUUGGUCUUCUGAAAACGUAAUUACUGUGUGUUUUUGUGCCAUCUUUCCUUCCUUCCAUGUCGAUAUAUCGGCAGCGAACAGAGGGCCGGGGAGGACGCCGCUAGACUGGGUGGCGCGUCUGAGGAUCGCCGGCGGCGCCGCCCGCGGACUGGCGUACAUCCACCAGGCCUGUCGGUCCUCGCCGAAGCUCGCCCACGGCAACGUGAAGUCCUCCAACAUCCUGAUCGACAAGUCCGGCGCCGCCCGCGUUGGGGACUUCGGCCUGGCGGCGCUGGCCACCGGCGCCGCCGCGGCGGCCAUCGCGCGGGGCAACGGCUACCGCGCGCCGGAGCUGGCGGCGGACGGCCGCAAGGCGGCGACGUCGCACAAGGCGGACGUGUACUCCUUCGGCGUGCUCCUGCUGGAGCUGCUCACUGGCAAGUACCCGUCGCCGGCGUACGGGCAGGAGGGCCUCUGCGGCGGCGCCGUGGUGACGGCGACGGCGGACCUGCCGCGGUGGGUGCACUCGGUGGUGAGAGAGGAGUGGACGGCGGAGGUGUUCGACCUAGAGCUGAUGCGGUACAAGGACAUCGAGGAGGAGCUGGUGGCGAUGCUGCAGAUCGCCAUGGCCUGCACGGCGGCGUCGCCGGAGCAGAGGCCGAAGAUGGCCGCCGUCGUCAAGAUGAUCGACGACGUCCGCGGUGCGGAGGCCUCAACCGCCGCCGCCUCACCCUCUCUGGACUCGUUCGAAUCGGUCUCCGACUCGCCGUCCGCCUCCGAUGCCGCCAGCCUGUAG